UCCAGGGCUGGCAAGGCGGAUUACAUGAUCGGGGCCAUUCUCCCAUUCGUCCUCACUUGAUGUUUCUUUGUACAAGUGAACACCCUGUCCAGAUACCUUUGUCGGCCGUGCUCGCGUGUCUACUAGAGCGAUGCCGCUGACGCAGCCCCUGCGGUGCAGGCUUCGUCCAUCCCUCCACUCUAUCCGCCUUUCCAGUCUUGGGUCCGCGCAGCGUCGCAUACUUACCUCCGCUCCCUUUUUAAAAGACGCUUCCUCCUUUCUUUUUCAUUCCAGACCUCGAGCUCUUCGUACACCCCUUGCCAUGACACAAACUCGGGGACAUGGCGGUCACGGCCACCACCACCACCACCAUCAUGACAACACCUACUUGACCUCCAAGAACAAACGCGAUGCUGGCGUUCGCAUUACCCGAAUUGGCCUGGUCGCCAACUUAUGCAUGGCCAUUGGGAAGUUCAUUGGCGGCUACGUCUUCCACUCUCAAUCCCUAAUUGCCGAUGCAUACCACGCGCUCACCGAUCUCGUGUCCGACUUUUUGACUCUAGGAACUGUCGCGUGGUCCCUGAAGCCCCCUAGUGAACGAUUCCCCAAUGGCUACGGAAAGGUCGAGAGCAUUGGUGCUCUGGGAGUGAGCGGGCUUUUACUCUGCGGUGGAGUGUUUAUGGGUCUCAAUGCGGGACAGAUCCUGCUGGCGCAAUUCUACCCAGACGUGGCUGAAACGGUAGCUCACUCUGGGAUUCUGGGACAUGGUCACUCGCAUAGUCACGGGCCCGUUGGUCCCAGCAUCCAAGCCGCGUGGAUCGCUGCUGGAUCGAUUGUGGUUAAGGAGUGGCUUUACCGUGCUACUAUGAAGGUUGCCGAAGAGCGCAAGUCCUCGGUCCUUGCAUCCAACGCCAUUCACCACCGGAUCGACUCCCUCACGAGCAUUGUCGCCCUGUUUACAAUUGGAGGAAGCUAUGUCUUCCAAGACGCCACCUGGCUGGAUCCGGUUGGUGGACUUCUGAUCUCUUUGAUGGUUAUCAAAGCUGGUUGGGGUAACACGUGUACCUCUCUUUUGGAGUUGGCAGAUACCGCUGUCGAUGAGGAUGUGCGAAGCUCAGUGGAGGACGCUACCAUGAAAGCAUUGUCCGAGCUCGAGGGCGGAAGUGAUAUCAAGGUCCGCGACGUGCAAGGCAUGAAGUCUGGCCAAAACUACCUGAUGGAUAUUGAGCUAGCUGUUCCCGGCGCCUGGCCUAUCAGCCGGUCUCAAACGAUCGAACAGAAUGUCCGUCACAUUGUUGGAACUGGAGUUCGCGGUGUGAAGCGGAUCAAGGUCCGCUUCAUUCCGGUGGAACAGCAGGAGCUCACUUUCUCUGAUGAGUUUGUUGCACAAGAUUCUAGUGCCGACCCGGAGCCUGAGUGUCACUCUAAGCACCAAUAGCGUUGACGACUCCCGUGAUAAGGAGGGACCUGUACUGUGUAUAGAUCUAUAUAAAAUAUACUUGACUUGGACUACAGUG